AUGAAUCGUCAUUCUCUUCCAAUUGUCAAAGCACACUUAUGGAGGUAUGGCAUGUCAGUGGUUUAUCACACAUGGAUAUAUCAUGGGGAACAAUUUGGGAUACAAAGACAAGAUUCACCUCCUACAACUACUCAAGAGGCACCUCGACUCGAUGAUUAUACAUUUAAUAUUUUAAAUGAUGCUUUCCCUCGAGAUAUUGACAUAGAUGAAGAUUUGGUAGAGGAAGAUGACAUGUUGGGAGGUACUGAAGAUGUGGGGGAUGAUAUGACCAAUAUGCAUUGGGUUGAAACUGAUAAGUAUGAGAAAUUGGUAGCUGAAGCUGAGCGAGAAUUGUUUCCUGGUUGCAAUGCAUCAGUUUUGACAGCAAUGGUACAAUUCAUGCAUGCAAAGGUACUUAAUCAUUGGAGUAACAAGUCAUUUGAUACAAUGUUAGAAAUACUUAGUGAUAUUUCUCCUAAACCUCAUAACAUUCCUCCAUCGUUCUAUGCUGCUAAUAAGAUGUUGAAAGAUUUGGGUUUGGGCCAUGAAAAAAUCGAUGCAUGUGUGUAUGAUUGUGCUUUGUUUUACAAAGAGCAUGAAGGGAAAGAUAAAUGUCCAGUGUGUGAUGAGCCGAGGUAUAAGCCUAGUACUAGUAAAAAGAAAAGCAAGGUACCCCAAAAAGUGUUGCGCUACAUUCCUCUGAAGCCAAGAUUACAAAGAUUGUUUAUGUCAAAUCAUACAGCUGGUCACAUGAGGUGGCAUAAGGAUAAAAAGGUUGAUGAGGAAGGUAUUAUGAGGCAUCCAGCCGAUUCCAUUGCAUGGAAGGAGUUUGACAAGAUGUACCCUCAGUUUGCUGAAGAUCCACGAAAUAUUAGGUUAGGGCUUGCAACGGACGGGUUUAACCCAUUCGGGAAUAUGAGCACAUCUUAUAGUAUGUGGCCUGUGAUGGUGGUUCCAUACAAUCUACCACCUUGGAUGUGUAUGAAAGAACAAUAUUCGAUACUGAGUUUGCUUAUUCCAGGCCCUAAAGCACCAGGCAAGGAACUUGAUGUGUAUUUGCGUCCGUUAAUUGAUGAGCUAAAGGAGUUGUGGGAACAAGGUGUCCAAACUUAUGAUAAGCUUUCUAAUACUAUAUUUAACAUGCGUGCAGCUGUAAUAUGGACAAUCAACGACUUUCCUGCUUAUGGAAAUUUAUCUUGUUGGAGUACAAAAGGUUAUAAGGCAUGUCCGGUAUGCCUUGAGGAUACAACGUCUACGAAGUUGAGAAAUAAAAUUUGUUAUAUGGGGCACCGUCGCUACUUAAAAAAGAAUCACCCAUGGCGUAAAGAUUGUCAAAAUUUUGAUGGAAGCAUUGAGAUGAGGGAUCCCCCUAGAGAAUUCUCUGGUGAAGACAUUUUGCUUCAGUUGAACCAACUUAUGCAGCGUAAGGUUGGUAAACACCCUGAUAAUUUGGACAGAAAGAGAAAGCGGACACCUAUGGAGUUAAAUUGGACAAAUAAGAGCAUUUUCUUCGAAUUAGAGUAUUGGUCCAAGCUGAAAAUCAGACAUAACUUGGAUGUAAUGCAUAUUGAGAAGAAUAUAUGCGAUAACAUUGUUGGGACAUUGUUGAACAUAGAAGGAAAAACAAAAGACACACCCAAUGCACGCUUGGAUUUGAAAGACAUGAAUAUAAGAACGAAUCUGCAUUUAGAUAAAGAUGAAAAUGGAAAGAUAAAGAAGUAUCUUGCAGAAUAUACAUUAGAACCAGCUGAUCGUCGAGCGUUUUGUGAAUUCUUAAAAUUUAUUAAAUUUCCAGAUGGGUAUGCAGCCAAUAUAUCACGAAAUGUCAAAAAUGGGAAGAUCUCAGGUUUGAAGACUCAUGAUUGUCACGUUCUAUUGCAACGAAUUUUACCUGUUGGAAUCCGACCAUACCUAAGAAAAGAAGUAUGUGCACCACUUGUAGAAUUGUCAAGUUUUUUCCAACAAAUUUGUGCAAAGACGUUGAAUGUUGUAGAUCUGGACAGGUUAGAGGUUGACAUUGUUUUAAUUCUCUGCAAGCUUGAGAAAAUCUUUCCGCCAGCGUUCUUUGAUGUCAUGGUUCAUUUGGCUUAUCAUUUACCACGUGAGGCAAAACUUGGGGGACCAAUAGGGUAUCGAUGGAUGUACCCAAUAGAGAGGUAA